GAAAAGAGCCACCGUGGCACGUGCCCCGGGGAGUGCUGCGGUGGCCCGGUUUGCACGGAGAGACGGACACCGCCUGGGGAGCCGCUCUCGUAGCCUGGGGGCGGGACGCGGCGGCCGCUCCCUCCGCCCCCGAGUAGCUGCCACCGCCUGGCUGCGCCCCAGCCCAGUAGCUCAGACGCGGCCGCAUCCCCGUGGACUGUAGAGGCGGCAGCGAGCUAGAGCCUGAGUCGCAGCUCCGGGCCGCAGAGCGCUGGGCGAGCGCGAGCUCCAGGGCACCGGCAGGGCAGGCAGCUGCGCGCGGCUGGAGUCAUGCUAUACUGAAAAGACACUUGAUCAAGAGAACUCUGGGAAAAGCAGAAAACCCUGUGCCAGGGACAGGAAAGAUAGGAAUGUUGCUAUGAAGACAGAUUCAUUAAAAAUGACUGAUGUGGAGUCUGGGGUCGCCAAUUUUGCAUCUUCAGCAAGGGCAGGCCGCCGGAAUGCCUUACCAGACAUCCAGAGUUCAGCUGCCACAGACGGAACCUCAGAUUUGCCCCUCAAACUGGAGGCUCUCUCCGUGAAGGAAGAUGCAAAAGAAAAAGAUGAAGAAACAACACAAGACCAAUUGGAAAAGCCUCAAAAUGAAGAAAAAUGAAGGCUCAUAAUCUAUCAAGAGUGCUGAAUUUCCGCAUGUUGAAAGACUUAGUGGUUCUAUUUUCCUGAGACAUUUAAUCUGGUGGUAACUGUGGUAACAUUGCAGCCCUAAGCAGCAUGUGUAUAUUAGAUAAUUGUGUUGUGAUGCUACUCACUUUGAUUGCAAUGAUGAUGUCCAAUGUAAGCUAUUAAAAGGCAGAUUACUUCCAAAUUGCACUGAAGGAAAAGGUUAAGAAAAAUACAUGAUCACGGAAAUGCAUAUCAUUGUCUGUAAACCCAACAAAAUUCACUGUUCUCUUUUGGAUUUGUUUAGCCUGAUGUAUUUUUAAUUCAAUUUUUAUGGUGAUGGGCAAAUCAUUUCUUGGUAAAUGCAAAUCAAACAUGAUUGAUUUAAAACUUCAUGGAAUUUGUAGAAAAUUAUGGACUUUUUUUGGUGAGAAAGAACAAUAGUCAAAACUCACAUGGAUAGAGUCUGUUUGUUUUUAGCCAAAAAUGCCCCAGACUUUUUCCCAAACCUCAAAAACUAUUUGGAAAAAUUGUAAAAGUUUGAUAACAGAAACAUCUUUAGGAUAUUUUUGUCUGACAUAUUUUGCUUCUAGUAUGUGCCUACUGUGAUUUUUUUCAUGUGGAAAACGCAAAAUUUGUAACAAAAUGGUUAUAUGGAACAUGCCUAUUAAAUGAAUUUUACUAUCUUCCCUAACUUUGGUAUGUGUAUGUGUGUGUGUGUUUUACUUUAAUAUGAAUUAUACAAAAUACUAGUUGUUUUACACUCUCUUUUCUUAUUCUUAGGGCUUUUGUGUAUGUCUGACUUGUUUUUAAAUACCUUCCUCAGGAAUGCAGACCUUAAUUUUUAUAUUUUUUUAAAGUAGCUAACAUAGCAGUAGGCACUUAAGCAUUUAGUCAAUGAUAUUGGCAGAAAUAGUAAAAUAGAUCCUUUAAAUAUAUAUUAAGCAUAUAUUUUAAGGAGCAAAAAUAAAACCAAAGUGUUAGUAAAUUUUGAUUUAUUAAAUAUUUUAGAAAAAUAAUAGAAUUCUGAAGUUUUAAAAAUGUCAGUGAUUAUUUUCAUGUUCAGAAAUACAUGCAUGCAGUUAUAUUCUAUUUGAUUGUUGACUUAGGCCGUGUCUGUAUACAGUAACCAAAUAAACUCUUUCACUAUUAAAGAGAUUUGUUACUGA